GCCUGGUCAGGGGUAAAGAGGGAAUGGAGAGGGAAAACAGAAUGAUGUGUGUGCUGUGAAUUCAAAGUUGGGUGGGUCUACCGUGUUUGGUGUUUCACAUUUCCAGAGAACUCACGGCCCGUGCGUUAAAUCGCCUUCAGUUUCACAAUGUUGAUGCUGGCUGGAAUCGUCGCCUUGCACAUAACCACCAUCAUCCUGCUGCUGGUGGCCACCAUUGAUAAUGCCUGGUGGGUCACUGAUAAGGUCACCACUGACCUUUGGGGCCAGUGGGAGAUGACAAACUCUGACUGGCAUUACACCAACCUGAAGAACUACCCAGAAGAGUAUCUUCAGACCAUCCAGGCCACUUCGGUGCUUGCCUGCAUCUUCGCCAUUCUGGCUUUGUUUGUGUUUGUUGCUCAGCUUUUCACUCUUCCCAAAGGCCAGAGGUUCACCUUCACUGGUAUUCUGCAGGCAAUCUCCUGCCUUUGCAUAAUGAUAGCAGCCUCGAUCUACACGGCUGAGUUUCACACCACCGAGACAGAGGGAAGCUACGGCCACUCCUACGUGCUGGCCUGGAUCUCCUUUGUUUUCACCAUUCUUUUAGCAAUCACCUACUUCGUCUUAAGGAAAAAGAGUGAGUGAAUAAAAGGAGUUGCUCAAAUUGUAUACUUUGGGAAAAUUCUAAUUUUGUUUUUUAUUCAAAAAGUAUGGUAAUGUAAUGUUGUCAAGUAUAUGAAUUGCCAUUUGCAGCUAUAAAGUAACAGUUAUUUAGAAGCAAAUUGAGCUGCAACCUAACAUGAAGGGCCAACAUGAUGUGUUUUUAAAUAGGAGAAAAUAAGAAAACUGCUGUGAUUGAAAAAAAAAAGCAUUUGUGGCUGAAUAUAGGCCUAAGAGAUAGCAUGAAGUCAUCAAAACACAUUAAAUAUGUGAUGUUGACUGUAAUCAUGUAGUGGGCCCCAAAGGUGCCCCUUGUGCUUCCAGUAAACAGUGAGCAGUGUGUUGGCACAACUACAUUCAUGCAGUACUUGAACAACCAGGAGAAAAGCCGUUACUUUUAGUAUGUAGUAAGUUUUAUUUUUUGUUUUAUUCUUAUUCCUUAUUUUACUGAAGUAUAGUGUAUUCACUUGUCUAUGUACAAUGUAACCAUAGUAUUUGUUUUUGUACUGAGUGAUUUAACCAUGUCUUUUUAUGUCUGUAUUGGCUGCUAUACAAAAUAUAUGAGCAAUAGUACAUACAGUGAACUAACAGUAAACCAGGGAGGUGGUGUGCCAAUUUACAGCUAUAGACAGUUUUGUGUGUUACAAUGGAGUUUAAGCCAUAUCAGUUAUGAACAAAACAUGCCAUGAACAAAGCUCUUAUUUGUUCUAAUUAACAAAUGCAAAUAAAUAAAUACUUUUUACAAAA